AUGGCCUCAGCCGGGGGCUUGACCCGCCGAAGAGGCGGCGGUCGAGUCGCUGGCGGAGAUGAGAACGAUGACAGCAGAGUGUCCUCCCCCGUAUCUCGAAAUGGCUCUGCGCUCGACCACCGCGGACCCGAGACCUCGUUCACAAGCACUGAGAAUGGCCACAAGAUCGCGUUCGAUCCCAGGGACCUGAGUGAGACAGAAGAGCGAAACAAGCAGCCCAAAUUGACUCUGAUGGAAGAAGUGUUACUGCUGGGAUUGAAGGAUAAACAGGGAUAUCUCUCGUUCUGGAACGAAAACAUCUCCUACGCCCUGCGGGGCUGUAUUGUCAUCGAGCUGGCUCUUCGUGGUCGGAUUAGCAUGCAAAAGGACUCUUCUCGGCGACGGUUCCCUCUCGCGGAUCGUGUAAUCGAAGUUGUCGAUGAUACAUUGACGGGUGAGGUCUUGCUGGACGAGGCACUGAAGAUGAUGAAGUCGAGCGAGAAGAUGAGCGUGAAUUCGUGGAUUGAUCUGAUGAGCGGCGAGACAUGGAAUCUUAUGAAGAUCGGCUAUCAGCUUAAACAGGUCCGUGAACGGCUCGCUAAGGGCCUCGUCGACAAGGGAAUCCUCCGGACCGAAAAGCGCAACUUCCUUCUCUUCGACAUGGCGACGCACCCCGUUGCUGAUGGCGGCGCAAAGGAAGAUCUCAAUCGCCGUGUCCGCAACGUCUGUAGUAGUCGCACCGUGAUCCUCCCCGGCAACGCAUGGCUCCCCGAAGACGCUGAAUUCCGCUUUCUUCGAACCAUCUGUAUGGUAUGCGCGGCCUAUGCGGCCAACGUGCUGGAAAACGCCCUUGUCACUAUGAGCCACGAGUCCAGAGAGAGAGCCUUUGCGCAGGUCGACGAACUGUUGGCAGAAUACUCCCAGUGGCCAUUUGCCCGCAGACCCGGUGGUUCUCAGGCCAUUGGCGCCAAUCUAGCGCAGGCCAUCAACGACGAGGUCAGCAAGGCUCAAGACCGAGAGCUUCAGUUAGAGGUAUAUUGUCGCAGCAUGUUUGAGCGUUUUCACCAGACUUGA